AUGAUUGGGUUCGCUUCUAGGCAGGAGAGGAGUAUUGUUCUGGGGGACCAGCAUCUCUACUGGACCAUCAUACGUAAUCCAGGUUUCCUUUCCCCCCUUGAUCAUGCCAUUCAGUCGGCAGACAUCCUCCGUUUACUUAAGACCCAAGGCUUUCUGCAAGCUUUAGAAACAGAGCAGGAUAGUGUAAUAGCAUUUCUUACUACGAGGCAUAGCAUUCAUAUGAUCCUAAGCACACUGCUUCAGGACAUUCAGCCGCCACUAAGGGCUAUUACAAAGCUGUCAGAGGCAUGCCCUAGGUCUAAAUAUACGGAAGCUGAUAUCAUUGCCAUAGAUAAUCUACUUCAGACUGCGCGGUUUGGCACCAAGUUUUACGACGUCCUUCUGCGUUCUGAGGAGCUCCCCAAGUUCUUUAGCCGUUGGGUAGAAAGCGAUAUGUGCCUAAUUCCCCGUCAAUCUGAGCGAUUUGCAUCCUUUAUUAAGUAUAUCGUCUGGCACGAAAGCCGUCGCAUGCAAUUCAUUGAAGUCCUUUCUUCCGCCUUGUCCAAGCCGCAGUGGGACAGCCUUCUUAUGUGCACUUGUAACCACCAUGUGGUAGACUCUCUCACUGCAAUCUUCCAAAUCUGCAUGCCUCUUGGCGAUACCGAUACUGAUAAGACCCUUGCAGCUCGGGCUUAUGCAGUCAUAGGGCCCCACUUUCAACUCAAUGAUGUUCUAGUGUGCGAGCUUGCUCGCUGCAUAGAACGCGGGAGUGUUGGCUACCUUGAGUCGAUGAGAUUCGAGAGCCUCUGCGCGUUCAUUUCCGAAAUGAUACCCUACAAUCAUCCCCUACUGCAGUCCAGCUUUUAUAGCUGUAUCUGUACCCUGGCUCAGUUUCUUUUUCGAGAUAGCCUGGUGAUAACAGAGUCCAACGAGUACGUUCAUGCCACUCUAAACGCGAUUGGAACGACAGUUGUUUCAGCGAUGAGCUUUCUUAUGCGGUCUACACACAGCUACUUACGGAAGCCUGAGGUGAUCGCUGAAGUCCAAAGCCUACUCUGUCAAUACAGCAAUUCCCAAGAGUUGUAUACUUCGAAAAGAAGCAAUAGAACUCCGCAGCUGAACGAUAAAAAGUAUCAUGCAGUAGAUUACCGAGCUGCCACCAGUUCCUUUUCGGUGAAUUCUACGAUAAUGGAUAGCUCUGAUUUGGAGCGAUGUUUACGGUCUAGUGUUGAACCUUCCAAGAAGGUGUCUAGAUUAACAAGUCCAUUUGUUAGGCGUUUACAGAACAAGGUGCAUAGUGGUGCUGAUUCUAGAGAGAGCUCAGCAUCCCUGUGCCUCACCCUCACACGGUUGCAGCCAGCUGUUCUCGACCAACUUCAAGCAAUGAUACCGCACGCAUCUGUGCUCUCUAUGCUUUGGGAUCUUUUUUCUGAUAAAAAUGAGCAGCUUGUCGAGUAUUGCUACGCUAAUUAUGUCAAAUAUAUCUUGCACUUUUAUGAAGACGACGAGAACCAUAUAGGACGGAUCCGUCAAAGCCUAGAGUCUACCCUUUCUACAACAGGCUUUUCAAGCAGUGAGAAGAGCGUGUCGGACUACGAGUCUAAACUAAGUUAUCAGUCAGCAGAUUGUACCUAUGAGAAAAGUGAGUCUUCUAGGUCAGCUGCUGCUACGUACCAUCCUGUUAUAGGCAGACCUGUCAACCGUGUAUUAACAGCGUCGUCUGCGGUCAGUGAUAUCGGUCAACCUUUUGUAGAUGCAGGUGCAACAGCAAUUCACACGGCAGAGCCUGUCAUUGAUCAUAGAGACCAGUCCUAUCUCUGUGCUAGCCCACCGAUCUCACACUCCCGGUCUCUCUCAUAUGCAGGGAAAGGCAAAUUUAAGGGUCUCCGUCGGCCAGAGAAAGACGGCUUCUCGCUUUCAAAUAAUAGCUUCACCAACAUAUACAGACUCAGCAACCAAUGCGAGCAGUCAUCCUUCGAUCAGGUCUUCCCCUCAGAUGAAGAUUCAAACCGGCGACAAAGAUCCGCCACUAGAUCAAAACCGAUCAAGCCCAAGAAGCUUUUAUCACGAUACAACCCUUUUAUAAAGGCUCACAGAACUGACUAUCUCCGUGGCCUACAGGAAGAGCUAAACCAGACUUGCCAACUCUUUCUCAACAAGACUCCGGAGCCCCUUCAGCUCUCUCUUAUCAUCCGUCUCAACUACCUAGCACGCAUCUUAUCCAUUGUAGCAGAUGUGCGUUGCUUGCAAUACUUUACUUCUUCAGAUAGGGAGCCGAUUUCCGCAUUCAACAACUCGGUACGGCAGCCGGAUGAGUCUAUAGGCUAUAUGGCCAACUACUCGGCUGAGCUCCCGCCGACGGCAGAGUGUGGUUGUGGAGGACCAUCAGAAGUCUUAUUGAGAGAUCUCUUUGACUUCUACGAUAGUUAUCAAAUGCCAUAUAGUCCUUUAGAGUUGUCUGCUCAACUUCUCAAGAUAAAGCACCUCUUCCCAUUGAUUGACUGUCUCGGGCCAGUAUACAGAAACUCCCAUAUGGUGAACUUAUUAGCCAAUCGCUUUCGGUAUUGCGCGCUGGACCUUAGCACAUUCUAUCCAGAGCUGCUUGGGAUCCUGUUCCCUCUUACCGUUGAGAGAUAUGAUAGCUUUACGGCAGCAAUUGCCAUGUCCUCUUCUCCUGAACUAAGACGCUCUACCUUCUGUGCCCAUCUCUUGAGCAGCGUCAGAGCCAUGUUGCGAAAGGCAGCAGGAAUCACCGAUGAGGAUCUAUACAAGAGCCGCUUUGUACAGCUCCAAACCUUUGCGACCACGUUGAAUAUUGCACCAGAGCCUGCUACCGAUUUCCCGAUAACUCCUGUGGCCCCUACCAAACACCUCCGAGGGUUCACUGACUCUCAGCUUGGAAGGGGGGCAAAAAGAGCUUCUGGAGAGGUCCGCUCAAUGGUGCAGUCAACUCUGCAAAUGGAUAGGAAACCAUCGCGGUCUAUCUUAGGCAUGUGCGGAAGGUCUGAUCGAUACCAGAACAGUAGCAUAGACUUUACCCAGUCUGAACUAAUUUCCGUAAGCAGCCCCACACAACAGCACCGUACAGGAAAGCGAGAAAUGGGCCUGCCGUCUAAUAAUGUAGAGGAUUCUUCCCUCAACUUCGCCACCAAUUCUAUUGCAGAGUGGGAGAACGUCAAGUCUCCCAGCUCAUCUGCUCGCAAGAAGAAGUCCAUGAAGUUCGGGCUUUCAUUGGAUCUUCCAUCCGAUCCUAAUCCGCCGAGAGAGGUAGUGGUCCCAUGGACUGUCAAAGAACUCUUUGAUAUCAUACGCGAUAGCAAAGUAUCUACCGAUGCUAUCGAUCGGAGGUGCCUUGACAUAUGUAUGAAGCGGAAGGAUGUUCAGCUACUUAACAAGCUCUACUUAAAUACUGCCUGCAAGCAACGAAACUUUGCAGAUGAUCAUGGCAACUUCAUGUCUGCUAUGCUUUCGUACAAUCGCCCCGAUAGCGCAGAAGAUGAACAGCAAAGCAUCUUCACGGAGUCCUUCAUCUUGGAAGUUCGUGAAAAGAGACAGAGGAGCCGAGAGCCCAAAACACAAUUACCGACCACAGCCCAGCAAAUUAAAGCCCAAAGGGAGAUCGACCUCGACACGCUCUUAUCCGAUUCUGUAAUUAGAAUUGGAACCAACUCUACAGACAAUCCUCAGAAGCUAUCAGUCACAGGAAGCACACUGCGGCUAACAACCCAGGAGAAGAGCGGCGAAGACCCACCUGUUUGCGUGCGGCGUCUAACACAUAACGAUGAUAGCGACUACCUUAAUAUGUUCAAGGAUAUUUGUGACGAGCAGGCCUAG